AAGUUUGGCUCCGGCACUGCAGAGGGAGGGGGCGGCCCGGCCCGGCCCAACUCUGCCCCCGGCGGGCCCGACCCCGGCCCCAGCCCCCCGGACAAACCCUUAUCUGAUUCCAGCUCGGGGUUUAAGAGUCUUGGCCCUGCCUGUCGCACAGCUCCGCUCGCCACUCCUGCCCGCCCCGUCUGUUCAUCUGUCCCGCUGCCCCGCGAUUCAUCAGAGCAGCCUCCGAGCCAAGAUGACAUCGGUUGCGAAGGUCUAUUACAGUCAGACGACUCAGACAGAGAGCCGGCCCCUCGUGGCCCCGGGAAUACGCCGGAGGCGGGUCCUCACGAAAGAUGGCCGGAGCAAUGUGAGAAUGGAGCACAUCGCCGACAAGCGCUUCCUCUACCUCAAGGACCUGUGGACGACCUUCAUCGACAUGCAAUGGCGCUACAAGCUUCUGCUCUUCUCCGCCACCUUUGCGGGCACGUGGUUCCUCUUCGGUGUGGUGUGGUAUCUGGUAGCUGUGGCCCACGGGGACCUGUUGGAGCUGGGACCUCCUGCCAACCACACGCCGUGUGUAGUGCAGGUGCACACACUUACCGGAGCCUUCCUCUUCUCCCUGGAAUCCCAGACCACCAUCGGCUACGGCUUCCGCUACAUCAGCGAGGAAUGCCCUCUGGCCAUUGUGCUUCUGAUCGCCCAGCUGGUUCUCACCACCAUUCUGGAAAUCUUCAUCACGGGGACCUUCCUUGCGAAGAUUGCCCGGCCUAAGAAGAGGGCCGAGACCAUCCGCUUCAGCCAGCACGCAGUUGUGGCUUCCCACAACGGGAAGCCUUGCCUUAUGAUCCGGGUGGCCAAUAUGCGUAAGAGUCUCCUUAUUGGAUGCCAGGUGACGGGCAAACUGCUUCAAACCCACCAGACCAAGGAGGGCGAGAACAUUCGGCUCAACCAGGUCAACGUGACUUUCCAAGUGGACACGGCCUCUGACAGCCCCUUUCUCAUCCUACCCCUGACUUUCUACCACGUGGUAGACGAGACCAGCCCCUUGAAAGAUCUCCCACUCCGCAGCGGGGAGGGGGACUUUGAGCUCGUGCUGAUCCUUAGCGGGACGGUGGAGUCCACCAGUGCCACCUGCCAGGUUCGCACUUCCUACCUACCGGAGGAGAUCCUCUGGGGCUACGAGUUCACGCCUGCAAUCUCGCUGUCAGCCAGCGGCAAAUACAUAGCGGACUUCAGCCUUUUUGACCAGGUUGUGAAAGUGGCAUCUCCCAGUGGUCUCCGCGACAGCGCGGUACGCUAUGGAGACCCGGAAAAGCUCAAGUUGGAGGAGUCAUUAAGAGAGCAAGCCGAAAAGGAAGGCAGCGCCCUCAGUGUGCGCAUCAGCAACGUCUGAGGCCCUGGUCCCUCCUCCCCAGCCCUUUGGCCUUUUCCUUUUCCAGUGCCCUGGGAAAAGGAUGCGAUCUGGGUUCGCUAGAGAGCCCCGGAAGCACCCACCCUCUACUUCCCCUUAACCCCGUGGCCUGUGAGCAGUCUGGGCCUGCUGGAGCCCAACUUUUUCCUCUCACUGUCCCCUGCCUUCCUCUACUACUAUACCAAUGUACGGGACUCUUAAGCCAGUUGGGGGAAGGAAAGGGAUGAUUAGGCUGACAUGGCCUGAAAGGCCUCAGCCAUGCUUGGAGAUUCACAUUCGGAGGACCAUGUGAUUAGGUGGACAGACUCCCCCCAAACGCCCACUACUAGGAAGUUUGGCGUCUUGAAACUGGGGCUCCCUCCUCCUCCGUUCCAUCUAGUAAAGUUCCCUAAGGCAGAACUCUCUCAGAGAGUCUCUCUAUGGUCUCUGCCCUCGGAAGUACAGGGAAGUAACUCCUGACAGAGCCUGGACUCUUGGUCACCACCUAAUUUUUCCUUUCCAUUUCUCAAGAGGAUCUUCUCAGGAUAGCCAGUUCUCUCUCAGCUCUGUUUCCAUAGAACUGGGGUUGACCAGAGAAACACAAGCAGUCGCCACCUCUCCUGCAGGCAUCCUGGAUUCUGAGACAUUCAAUUUUGGAAGUAUUGUCUAAUACUCUGGCCCUGUCCUUUGGGCAACCCUGUUCUGGAAAGACUGUUUUAGUGUUUCCUGGGAACGGGAAGACCUUAGCCAAUGUGCUCUCUCUCUCUCUCUCUCUCUCUCUCUCUCUCUCUCUUCCUUCCAUUCCUCCCCCCAUUUUAUUUUUUUCAAGAUAGGGCCUCACGAUGCAGCUCUGGCUGUCCUUGAAUUUACUAUGUAUACUAGGCUGGCCUUGAACUCACAGAUAUCUACCUGCCUCUGUCACCCAUAGACUGGGAUUAAAGGCAUGAACCCCUAUGCCAAGCCCCUAAUGUUCUCUUGACUAAGUCCAGUGCCCAGACCCCAUGAAAAUACCUAAAAACAGUCCAGAUUACACUGUACCAGUUCCACUGCUUCCUUCCCUCCCAGCCUCAGACCCUUCUUCUCUUAACUCAACCUUUUGAAGUAAGAGAAGGAAAUAUAGUCAUUUGCCUUUCUUAACAUCAAUCUAUAAAAGCUAGUCACAGGGCACAGAUUCCCUAGGAAAGUUGAACCAAAUUCUCAGAUUUCCAGAUUGCUGUACAGAGCCUCUGGGAAUUUGUGAUGUUUUGUUACGGUUUGGGCUGAGGCAGAACUCUGGCUGACAGCCACUGUUUUGUUCCAUCUCCUGGUGCCCUUCUGAGAAGUGCCAGCUAUUUUAUGAGGCAAUGCUGAGAGGAGAGGAACUUACAUUCUGAUCUCAGCCAUUCUGACACUUGGCAUAAAAUGAUGAAAAUCAGCCCCAUCUCUCCUCAUUUCUGCCUACGGGGCCAGUUCCAGGCAAAUUACAAAGACAGCUUAAGAUCACACGCAGGCCAUGCCUAGUUCUCUGGUGAGGACGGUGGCAGGUGUCACAGAGGGCACUUUAAACACCGGGUCCUGUCCUAGGGAGCUCUGGCUCCACUUGGGUACUCGGGAAACCUCACAGACAGUGAAUUAGCAGGAAUGAAGUAAACUGUUGAUGUAAGGUGGACUUGACAUAUUACACAUCUAUACAGAGUGGAUGCACGGAUCUCUGGGAAAAGCCUUGCAGAGAAACCCAGAAGAUCCCAGGGGUGAACGGAUCUCAACUGUGCACGGUCCUUUUACAUUGGUCUUCCCUUGAACUCAAUUAACUGGAGCCUGAAAACAAAGCCUUCGGUCUCUCCCUACUAUAAAGCUCGCCAUUAUCCUCCAGCUAUUAUCCAAACAAGAACCAGAAGAACCUGAAUGUCUGAAACAAAGAGCAGAAGGUCAAGGCUUCUGCGUUCAAAUGGAGUCAACUCUGUGCUUACCUGAUGGUGCCCAGUGUGCAAGGACCAAGUCUACUGCUGUGUGUGCGUCUUCUUAUCCUGAGGCAAUUUAUUCUCUGUGCUGUUUCUUCUUCACAUUGCUGCUUCCCUCCUGAGGGAAUUACCCUUUCCCAGAGCCUUGCCCAAGGCCCAACUCUCCUCAGAUUCUUGGAUAACAAUGUGUGAGAGAGAACAUUUCCUGCCUUAACCCCCCUUUGAACUUCCUCUACAAUCCUGGCUUUGCACUUUAAAAAUCAUUCUGUCCUCUUAAUUCAGAACAACACCUUUCUCCAACAAACCCUAUGUUCUGCAUGAGCAACUCCCACUCACAACCCUAAAUGGUUCUUUAGGUCUCAGCCCAACACUCUGACCUGGAAUCUCUUUUCAGGAUGUACUAGCAGCCACAACUGAUGAGAAAUGGGCUCCCUGUCUGUACCAGCUAGAGGAUUGGAAUGUCAGGAGAGUAACAGGUGUGCAGAUUCUAAGUGGGAUGGGAGAUUUCAGGUGGGCGAAACAACCACUGGGGAAGGCUAUCCAGAGUGGGAAAAAUGUGAACAAUGAGGCUAAGGAACCUAGGGAAAUGAAACCCAGAGUCUUACUUAUGACUGGCACACAAGAGGUGGGUGGAAACUUGGGAGAUUGGGAGAUGAUAUAUAUGUUUAUCUAAGGAGAAAAAACAGAGAUAAUAUAUAGAGAGAUGUGUAUAUAGAUGUAUGUAUACCCAAAUAUACGAAAUGUACAGAAAGGAAGUAUUCAGACUUUAACAAAGGGACAAAUGCUUUGCCUUGGUCUGGGGGAGCAGGAUGACUUCUAUGUUAUGGUCAUCAGAACAGUAAGAGCAGCUGAUGGUUUCAAGUUUGCUUGAUGGAAAAGGGAGGGCUAGACCCUGCCCUUGUCAUAAAUGAAGGAGCAUCUGUCAAGGGUUGAAGAAUUGUGCUGAUAGGACAAGAGAAGAACUGGGAGGAAAUAGGGCAUGGGAACGCCCCAUCCAUGGAGAGCUAGGAAAAUCUACCACUCCCGGCAUCCCUGGCAACAACCUGCUGUUGAACAAGUUCUGAAGCAAGCAAGCAAGGGGGCAAGUGAGUGAGCGAGCAAACAAACAAACAAACAUCCUUCCAUUUUCCUCUCUUCUUCUGCCAGGGUGGGAGCUGUAGGUCUAGGCCCCAUCAUUAAAAACUGAGAAGCUGAAAUUUUAGUAUUUGGAAGGCAAAUGCAAACACUAGAAUGCAAAGCCCAGGACUGAUACAAGCUGUUGAGCUCAAGAUACUCUCAAGGCAGAGGCCCAAGUCUAGAGACAAGAAUCCUAUAUCACAGUCUCGGCCCUGGCGUGCAGGCAGGGGAAUGCCAUGGCUACAGGGCUCUUGGAUGGAGCCGUGGAAUGAGUCGUUUCUCUUCCCCAGAGGCGGAUGCAGUUCUAUGUGAGGCUUCUGAAAUCCCUAAACUGGGUUUCACUUCAUUCCUGCUGUUCCCUACUGUUCUUCCCACUUCCUGAAACCCACACCAGCUAGCACGACCAUGCAGGGGUUUCCCUGAGGUCAGCAGAAAAAGAGAAGCAGUCAUAAUGUUGCUAUUAGCCAGGGACAUUGCACGUUCUCCAAGGCUUGCUACCACAAACCUUUACCCCUGCUAGCUAACCUAGUUUCUUUGCAAAAUAAUACAUUACCUAUACUGUACAGUUAGCUGGGUUUCCAGGCCCAGUAUUGGCCAGUGCUACUGAAGCAGAAGUAUCUAGGGAUGAUUUUUCUAUACACUACAUUAAAGACUAAACCAGGUCAAAUGUAUUUAGAUAAAAAAAAAGAUGUGUGAGGUAUUUUUGGUUUAUUUUUGUCUGUUCAGAACAAACUACUAAAUAAACUGGAUGCAUCUCUUGUUCUCACUGUGUCUUCUUUUAUCAAGGUUUGAACUCA